AUGCCGUGUAUUCAUUAUAAGUUUUUCAGUAAACUAACACACGACACGGUGAUCUUUGAUGGCCUUCACAUCACUCUCGGAGAUUUGAAACGCCAAAUCAUGAGACGAGAGAAACUGAAGCGCUGCGAUCUGAGCAUCAAAAACGACCAAACCAAUGAAGAAUACACUGAUGAUGCGGACAUCAUCCCCAGUUACACCAUGGUGACCGUCAGACGAAUCCCUGGAACUGGACUAAAAUCCACAUAUAACAGACAUGCCAAUAACUGUUCUAAACCAUCCAGUGGAUCUUCAAAAGCACAAGUGAACAGUUCAUCACUGUCACUGGAGCAGCUUUUCAGGACUGAGAAUCUGGCUGAGGCAAAUGCAUCAGAGGAGGACAAAAUAAAAGCUAUCAUGUUCCAGUCCAGCCUCUGUUACUAUUCUUCGAAUGAAGCACUCAGGCUGGUUGGAGGCCUUCCACCAAACUAUGUGUGCCAUAACUGUGGCAUCCCUGGGCAUCACAUCAGAAACUGCCCAAAGACACGGGAUUCAACUUUUGUUGGGGGUAAACUCAUUCGGAGAAGCGCAGGAAUUCCUGUCAGCUUCCUAAUGGAGGUGGAGGACCCCAACAUGAAGGGAGUGAUGCUGAGCAGCAGCGGAAAGCAUGUCAUUCCCAUUAUUAAUGCUGAGGCUUACGCAUCUCAGAAGAAAGAGAAUCCACCUUUCUUACCCCAGAUCGAGUCCUCCUCGUCGACCUCAGCUGAAGAUCCAGUGCCCGAUGCCUUUCUGUGUAAGAUCUGUAAAGAUCUCAUCACCGAUGCUGUGUCGACUCCCUGUUGCAGCAGCAGCUACUGCGACGACUGUAUCCGAUCGUGUCUGCUGGAUUCAGAUAAACAUGUUUGUCCCACCUGCAAACAGUCUUGUGUGUCUCCUGAUGCUCUGAAUAUAAACACGUUCUUACGCCAGGAAGUGAACCGUUUUAAGAACAGAGCCGAGGGGUCUGCUUUCUCACACCAGCAAAGACCCCUUCACUCUCAAUCAGCGUGUUCCACCACAAGCCCGAGCCUCAGCCAUGGAUCCAGCUCGAUUUCUUCUGAACCUCAGAGCUCUCGCACCAAUUUACCCUCUGGUAAGAGGCGACGGGACUUGAGCGAGAAUGAUGAUGAAGACAAUGGCUCCACACCUCUCCACAAGAAAACCAAGCAUACUGAUGUGUAA